GGACUGACUAGGAGAGGGAAUCCCCUCCGCCCCCUUUACGCGGUGUGCUAGCAUUUGGGAGACCUGGCGGAAACCUUCAGGUCACCCAGGGAACUGCUCCCGCGGCUGGUCCUGUGCGGCGAGGCGGGGGGUGAGCGCGAGGCGCGCGGGGCGCGGAGAUGUGCAAGUGGGGAAGCUGGACCGAGUGCUGGCGUAAGCUGCAGAGCGGCCACGGCGCGGGAUUUUAGGUGAUGGGCAGAUCAGAAAGUCAGAUGGAUAUAACUGAUAUCAGUGCUCCAAAGCCAAGGAAGAAACAGCGAUGGACUCCACUGGAGAUCAGCCUCUCCGUCCUUGUAUUGCUCCUGACCGUGAUAGCUGUGACAAUGAUUGCUCUCUAUGCGACCUAUGAUGAUGGUAUUUGCAAAUCAUCAGACUGCAUAAAAUCAGCCGCUAGACUGAUUCAGAACAUGGAUGCCUCUGCUGAGCCCUGUACAGACUUCUUCAAAUACGCUUGUGGAGGCUGGCUGAAACGCAACGUCAUUCCAGAGACCAGUUCCCGAUACAGUAACUUCGACAUUUUAAGAGAUGAGCUAGAAGUUAUUUUGAAAGAUGUCCUCCAAGAACCCAAAACUGAAGAUAUAGUAGCCGUGCAGAAAGCAAAGACCUUGUACAGGUCUUGUAUAAAUGAGUCUGCUAUUGAUAGCAGAGGGGGACAGCCUCUACUCAGAUUGUUGCCAGAUAUAUAUGAGUGGCCAGUAGCAUCAGAAAACUGGGAUCAAACACAUGGUACUUCUUGGUCAGCUGAGAAAUCCAUUGCACAGCUGAAUUCAAAGUAUGGGAAAAAAGUCCUCAUUAAUUUUUUUGUUGGCACCGAUGAUAAGAAUUCUACCCAGCAUAUAAUUCAUUUUGACCAGCCUCGACUUGGCCUCCCUUCCAGAGACUACUAUGAGUGUACUGGAAUAUAUAAAGAGGCUUGCACAGCAUAUGUGGACUUUAUGAUUUCUGUGGCCAGACUAAUUCGUCAGGAAAAAGGAUUGCCUAUUGAUGAAAACCAGCUCGCCUUGGAAAUGAACAGAGUUAUGGAAUUGGAAAAAGAAAUUGCCAAUGCUACAACUAAACCCGAAGACAGAAAUGACCCAAUGCUGCUUUAUAACAAAAUGACAAUGGCUGACCUCCCAAAGAACUUUUCUCUAGAGAUCAAUCAGAAGCCAUUCAGCUGGUCAAAUUUCACAAAUGAGAUCAUGUCAACUGUGAAUAUUAAUAUUCAAAAUGAGGAAGAAGUGGUUGUUUAUGCUCCAGAAUAUUUAACCAAACUUAAGCCUAUUCUUACCAAAUAUUCUCCCAGAGAUCUUCAAAAUUUAAUGUCCUGGAGGUUCAUAAUGGAUCUUGUAAGCAGCCUCAGCCGAAACUACAAGGAGUCCAGAAAUGCUUUCCGCAAGGCCCUUUACGGCACUACAUCAGAAACAGCAACGUGGAGACGGUGUGCUAACUAUGUUAAUGGGAACAUGGAGAAUGCUGUGGGGAGGCUGUACGUGGAAGCAGCAUUUGCUGGAGAGAGCAAACACGUGGUUGAAGAUUUGAUUGCACAAAUCCGGGAAGUUUUUAUUCAGACUUUAGAUGACCUCACCUGGAUGGAUGCUGAAACAAAAAAGAAAGCAGAAGAGAAGGCCUUGGCAAUUAAGGAAAGGAUUGGCUAUCCCGAUGACAUCAUUUCCAAUGAUAACAAACUGAAUAAUGAGUAUCUUGAGUUGAACUACAAGGAAGAUGAAUACUUUGAAAACAUAAUUCAAAAUUUGAAAUUCAGCCAAAGCAAGCAGCUGAAGAAGCUCCGAGAAAAGGUGGACAAAGACGAGUGGAUAAGUGGAGCAGCUGUGGUCAAUGCAUUUUACUCUUCAGGCAGAAAUCAAAUAGUCUUCCCUGCUGGCAUUUUGCAGCCACCCUUCUUUAGUGCUCGGCAGUCCAACUCAUUGAACUACGGAGGCAUCGGCAUGGUCAUUGGACAUGAAAUCACGCAUGGCUUUGAUGACAAUGGCAGAAAUUUUAACAAAGAUGGAGACCUCGUUGACUGGUGGACACAGCAGUCUGCAAAUAAUUUUAAAGACCAGUCACAGUGCAUGGUGUACCAGUAUGGCAACUUCACAUGGGACCUCGCAGGUGGACAGCAUCUCAAUGGAAUUAAUACACUAGGAGAAAACAUUGCCGAUAAUGGAGGUAUUGGCCAAGCAUACAGAGCCUAUCAGAAUUAUGUUAAGAAGAAUGGUGAAGAAAAAUUACUCCCUGGAAUUGACCUAAAUCACAAACAACUCUUCUUCUUGAACUUUGCCCAGGUAUGGUGUGGGACCUACCGGCCAGAGUAUGCAGUCAAUUCUAUUAAAACAGAUGUGCACAGUCCUGGAAAUUUCAGGAUCAUUGGGACUCUGCAGAAUUCUGCUGAGUUCGCAGAUGCCUUCCACUGCCCCAAGAACUCUUACAUGAAUCCAGAGAGGAAGUGUCGGGUUUGGUGAUCUUCACGAGUGGAGCGUCUGUGGCAAGACUCACCAAAGCUACAGAAACAGGACCUCUCCCUUCAGAGAAAGUGGGCCCUGGAAGUUUCUGUGGCUACUUGGGGGGGCAGAUCCCAGAGAGGAAC